AGAAAAUUUUAAUUUACAAAUGAAAAUUGACUUCCUUUAAAUAAUUAACCAAAAUGUCGAAAACGACCGAAAAUAUUGUACAAGCGUCAAUGGCGACCGCUACAGAAACGGUUAAAAAUAUUACCUUCGGAACCACCGAUUAUAUUGUCUUUGUGUUAAUGUUAUGCGUUUCUGCUGGUAUUGGCGUAUAUUUCGGUUUCUUUUCGAAAGCUAAAAAUACCACCGAUGAAUAUCUGAUGGGUGGAAAAAAGAUGAAAACUGUACCAAUCGCUAUAUCCUUAGUAGCAAGUCAGCUAUCCGGAAUAGCUAUUAUGGCAGUACCUGCGGAAACAUACUCAUAUGGCUCGAACUAUUUUAUUGUGGUGCUAUCUAUGAUCAUAGUUGUUCCAAUAUUGUGCUAUAUUAUCAUUCCGGUGUUUUAUGAAAAUAAUAUAUCCAACUGUUAUGAGUAUCUUGAAAUGCGAUUCAACAAGCGCGUACGUCAAUUGAUAACAAUAUCGUUUGUUUUUCAUGCUGUACUGAUCCUUCCAGUCUUCAUGUUUGUUCCAUCAUUGGCUUUCUCGCAAGUUACGGGCAUCAACAUUCACCUUAUAAAUACUAUAGUCUGUUCCAUUUGUGUUUUCUAUACCAUGUUGGGAGGCAUUAAAGCUGUGGUAUGGACAGAUGUAGUACAAGCCUUAAUCAUGAUAUCAUCUGUCGCUUUAGUAGGUGUUUUGGGAACGCUUAAAGUAGGUGGCCUAAGUAAUGUGAUACAACAUGCAACUGAAGGUGGACGCACUACAUUUGACUUUAGCUGGGAUCCACGUAUACGCAUCGGUGUAUGGAACGGUAUAAUUAAUGGGACACUUAUGUGGGUUGGGCACAUUGGAUUAAAUCAAAGCUGUGUGCAAAGAAUAGUGUCUUUGCCAUCGAUAAAUAAUGCCAAAAGAGCGCUCAUAUUAUCUGGUAUUGGCAUUAUUACUAUAAUGGGAUUUAAUUCCUUCAUUGGCAUUGUUAUGUAUGCUCGUUAUCAUGGCUGUGAUCCAGUAUUUGGCGGUCUUGUCGAUAAAGCAGAUAAACUAGUUCCAUUCUUUGUGCAAGAAAUAUUGGGUCAUUUACAAGGCAUGCCUGGAAUUUUUGUAUCUUGUGUUUUUAGUGCUUCUCUAAGUACUCUAUCCGCUAUAUUGAACUCAUUGGCCGGUGUCACUUACUUCGAUUAUAUAAAACCUUUUAUCAAGCACACAGAAGCCAGGGCUAAUUUCAUUAUGAAAGUAUUUGUUGUUGUUAUGGGAAUUUACAGCGUUUUGGGUGGAUUUGUAGUACAAAAUUUUAACUCUAUUUUGCAAAUAAUUAUAACUCUUUCUGGCAUUUCAACUGGCGCUGUGGUUGGAGUAUUCUUAAUAGGAAUGUUUAUACCACGAGUUAAUGGAAAAGUCGCUGUUACAUCAAUUAUCAUCAGUAUUGGCAUUAUGUGCUGGAUAAUAACAAUUGCACAAUUUCGACUUAAAUCAGGUGCUAUAAAAUAUGAUCCCGUUCCAACUACAUUAGAUCAAUGUGAAGCUAAAAACUUAAAUUUUAUUCUUAACUCAAUAGCUAAAAAUGGCAAUAACACCAAACAAAUUGAAGAUUUCGAAGUAACCCCAAAUCCAUUAGUAACAACUGCCUUCACAAGUAACAGAGAUUUUUCCAUAUUUGAAAUAUCUUUCUUUUGGUAUAAAGUUCUAGGUGGUUUAAUUGUUUGGGUUGUGGCAAUUCCUUUAAGCUACUUUUGGAAGAGAGAUAAAUAUGAAAAAAUUAAUCCUAAACUGUUUACACCAAUUGUACGUAAAUUCAUUAAAUUCGACACUAUAGAAAUGGAAGAAAUGCCUUUAAAAUCUCCGAUUCUAAAUGGCGAAAAUAAUGCAACAAUAAUUAUGAGCAACGCUAAAAAUGGAGGCAUCGAUAAAACGCAGCAUCAAAAACAAAAUGGCGCCAAUGGAGAUGUCUAAAGCCGGCAUCUACCUUCAUCUCUUAAUAAAUCAUACAUCAUAAAGUGAUAGACGUCGUCACAAUAUCAUGCCAUAAAUUUUGAUUAAUUUAAAUAUAGUUAAAUUUAUUAAUAUAAUAUAAGAUUCUAGUGACAAUAAAUUUAA